UAAGUUUUUAACUGAAAUCUUGAAAUUGUAACAGGAAAAAAGGAAGAGAACAGAGAAGAAGCACAUGAAGAAGAGAGAGAUGUCCCAAAUGCAGUACAUGGAAACUUAGCUCAAUAAUCUCUCUUCUAUUAGAUUGGUAUCUAUAAUCUGUCUCUAAGAAAAGAAAAGAAGAAUCCAACUUUUGAUUGGUAACAGUUAAAAACAGAAUCAAGAAACACUCGAACAACGACAGUCUCUCACUUACAGAGAGAGACACAAGCACUAGUCUUCUUGAAGCUAAUCAAUAACUAUAUACAAAACCCAACCCAGCUUCGACUUCAUCGAGUGUUUUGCCACUCUGUUUGCCUUUUUGGGUUGUCCAAGAUUUUCGGUCUCAGAGUAUAAUCUUGAACAAGAAACAGAGAAAGAGAGAGAGAGGAAAGUAGUAAUGAGGUAAUGCGAGAGAGAGAGAGAGAGCAGGUGAAGGAACAAGGGGGACCUACUGCUUGAUUUUUGGCUGGCAGCAACGGUCACUGUCAAUGAUUUUUUCUUCUUUGGGUGGUGUUGGUGGUUUCUCUCAAUAUCUAAAUCACUACUGAUCAUUAAUCACACUCGCAUUAACUCACAUACACUUGCAAAAAUAUUUUAUGCUUAGGUGAGGAGAUCUUGGUGGCUGAUCAAGAAUCAAGAUCCCUGCCCUUCUCCCAUCUUUAUCAACCUUUCUUUCUCUCUUGUUUUGAGCCAAUUUCGCUAUCUGCCAAGAAAGAAGGUGAUAAUUUAAAGCUACUUUCUUUUUUUGCUGCUUGGCCUCUAAAGGAAAAAAAAGAAGAAGAAGAAACUACAGAUUUCAGUCAUAUGAGGAGAUCUUCUACUCUAGUGGAUUUGCUUCUGGUACUUGCACUGUUCAGUGAUGUUACAUGGCAUAUCAGGGGCAGUUCACAUUGCAAACGGGCUAAUUCUGCCGAUAUUCGGCCUCACAGCGUCACUAUUACAGAAUUUGGUGCAGUUGGAGAUGGGGUAACGCUCAACACCAAAGCAUUUCAGAAUGCUAUCUUUUAUCUCAAUUCAUUCUCUGAUAAGGGUGGUGCCAAGUUGUUUGUCCCAGCUGGCCGGUGGUUGACAGGAAGCUUUGAUCUUAUCAGUCAUCUGACAUUGUGGUUAGAUAAGAAUGCAGUGAUUCUUGGAUCAACUAACUCUGAUGAUUGGCCAGUUGUUGAUGCUUUACCAUCAUAUGGCCGAGGGAGAGAGUUGCCUGGUGGGAGGCAUCGAAGCCUCAUUUAUGGCCGCAACUUGACAGAUGUUGUUAUAACAGGCGACAAUGGAACUAUUGAUGGUCAAGGCAGCAUCUGGUGGACAUGGUUCAAGACUGAAUCCCUGAAUUAUACGCGGCCCCAUCUGGUUGAGUUAAUGAACUCAUCUGGGAUAGUUAUCUCAAAUCUGACCUUCAUAAAUUCACCAUUCUGGACAAUCCACCCAGUUUACUGCAGCAAAGUUAUUGUCCAAAAUGUUACAAUCCGUGCUCCACUCGAUUCACCGAAUACAGAUGGGAUUGAUCCAGAUUCUUCUGAUGAUGUGUGCAUUGAGGACUGUUUCAUUAGCACCGGUGAUGAUCUAAUUGCGAUCAAAAGUGGGUGGGAUGAGUAUGGCAUAUUAUAUGGUCGUCCUUGCAGAAACAUUACUAUCCGCCGCCUAGUUGGACAAACCCGAUCAAGUGCAGGGAUUGCAAUUGGAAGUGAGAUGUCAGGAGGUGUAUCGGAAGUUCAUGCUGAAAAUAUCCUCUUUUACAAUUCAAAUACAGGUAUUAGGAUUAAGACAUCUCCUGGAAGGGGUGGCUACGUGAGAAACAUUUAUGUAUCAAAUGUAACCUUGAAUGAUGUAAACAUAGCUAUAAGGUUCACAGGUAAUUAUGGGGAACACCCAGAUGAGCAUUAUGAUCCAAAAGCUCUUCCAAUCAUAGAACGGAUAACCAUUGAACAUGUCAUGGGAGAUAACAUCAAGUAUGCAGGCAUUCUAGAUGGUAUAGAAGCAGACUCUUUUGUCAACAUCUGCCUAUCAAACAUUUCGCUCAAUGUUACCUCCAAGUUUCCUUGGAACUGUUCAUAUAUCCAAGGAUAUUCUGAGUCAGUUUCCCCAGAAAUCUGUGAGCCUCUAAGGGAGAGCAUCCCCCCUGAUCAUUACUCCAAUUGCUACCAUCUAUCAAAUUAUUUGCUGAACUCAAGAAAUCAAAACAGAGGUACUUGGUUGCUAUCUUGGUAAAUUUAUGGAAAGCUAGUAUUUGUUCGGUGGUCAAUUCAUCUGCGUUUGUGAAUGCUCAAUUUAGUUGAAAUUUUGAUUCUUGCCAUUUCUCAACACAACUGCUCAUUGCCAUGGAGAAGAAAUGAUUUGCCUGACAUAAGAUUCAAGUGAAGUUGAUGAUUUGUUGUUGUUAACUUGUGAGAGAGCAUUGAGAAAUGAUUUUUUUCCUGUAACUUUGUGUGCAGUAACAAAUAAUUGAGUGAUUUAUCAAAUAGUGAAAAUAGAAUGAGCUUUAUAUCUUCAA